GGCUUCAUGCUGCACACACACACCCGGCGUCUCCUCUGACUGUCUGUGUGCACAUCAAAGAAGAAGCUUGGUCAGGACUCUGCUCGGACAGGAGCGUAGUACGACUUGGACAGGCUCUGUAUGUGUGUGUGAGUGUGUGUGUGUGUGUGUGUGUGUGUAUGUGUGUUGUGCAUGUGUGUGUUUGUAGAAGCAGUGUUGCUCCAUGUGCUUGAGAUAAAGCAAGCGGAGUGAUUUUUUUUUUUGGUCAGGGUUUUUUGCCACUCAGAUUAAGAACUUUUUCUGGCUCACUGACGGACCCGCUGCUUCUUCUAGUGCCAGUGUUGACUCUCUCGACAGGAUGACAUGGCGCCCUCAGUACCGCAGCUCCAAGUUCCGCCACGUGUUUGGUAAGGCCGCCACCAAGGAGAGCUGCUAUGAUGGCGUGCCAAUCACACGCAGCGUCCAGGACAACAACUUCUGUGCUGUCAACCCACGUUUCCUGGCAGUCAUCACUGAGUGUGCCGGGGGAGGGGCCUUCCUGGUCCUGUCUGUCCAUCAUGCAGGUAAGGUGGACCCUCACCACCCCCGAGUAUCGGGCCACAGAGGCAACGUGUUAGACGUCAAAUGGAAUCCCUUCAACGACUACUGCAUCGCCUCCUGCUCUGAGGACGCCACGGUGAAAGUGUGGGAAAUCCCUCCUCAUGGCGUGCUGAAGACCCUCACAGUACCGUGGAAGGAGCUUCAGGGUCACAGCCGCAGAGUGGGCCUCAUCGAGUGGCACCCGACUGCUAACAACAUCCUCUUCAGUACGGCCUAUGACUACAAGGUGAUGAUCUGGAACCUGGACUGUCCUGAGCAGGUGAUAAAGAACCCCGUGCGGACAAUCAGCCACCAUACAGAUGUCGUCCUCUCCAUGUCUUUCAACACAGACGGCAGCCUCUUCGCCACCACCUGCAAGGACAGGAUAGUCCGACUCAUGGAGCCACGCUCAGGAAACCUCCUGCAGGAAGCCAACUGUAAGACGCACAAAGCCAGUAAGGUGAUGUUCCUGGGUAACAUGAAGAUGCUCUUCACAUCAGGCACUUCACGCUGGAACCAUCGACAGAUGGCUCUGUGGGAUCAGGACGAUCUGUCUGUGCCUUUGUUAGAGGAGAACCUGGACGGUUCAUCUGGAGUACUUUUUCCUUUCUAUGACCCUGACACACACAUGCUCUACCUUGCUGGGAAGGGUGACGGAAAUAUCAGGUACUAUGAGAUCAGCUCAGAGAAACCGUAUAUACACUACCUAACAGAGUACCGCUCGCACCUACCUCAGAAAGGAAUGGGCGUGAUGCCAAAGAGAGGUCUGGAUGUGAGCUCCUGUGAGGUGUUCAGGUUCUACAAACUGGUGACAAUCAAGAGUCUCAUUGAGCCUCUUUCCAUGAUCGUACCCCGCAGGUCAGAGUCAUACCAAGAAGACAUUUAUCCAAUGACGGCGGGUAACAAACCUGCUUUGUCUGCAGACGAGUGGCUCAGCGGCAUCGAUAAAGGUCCGGUGCUGAUGUCUCUGAAGCCUGGAAGUCAAGUAGCAGAGUCGUACUCAGAGAUGAGCAAGGUGACUGGAAUCUCACAGGACACUUGCAGGUCUAACAACAGACCGGGCAUGCUGCAGCUGACGUACAUUCAGGACCAACUGGGAACCAAAGAUGGCAAGGAGGACAGCAGCGAUACAGGGGACGACAGGGGUCGGACACCUGUUAGCAAUGGGGAAGACUUCACACUUUGCUCUCCACCCAAGACAGAGAAUGAGCUGCGUCUGAAGUUCCACAAGCAGCAGGAGGAAAUCCGACGGUUGAGGGACCUCCUGAGCCAGAGGGACGUCCGCAUCAAACAGCUGGAGCUGGAGAUUAAGAACAUCAAAAACUCCCAGACUCACUCACUUUAAGACUUGCCCCAAGCCACGACCUCACCUUCACCCCCUCGUGGGAACACAUGCAUUACUGUACAAACUUAACCCCGCCUUCAAACCACCACACCUCUUCUUAGGGUCCUGACUCACCUCUUCUCCUCUAAUGAGCCCACCAUACUCACCGCACACACGGGGGUGAUUUCAGCCUCGACUUUGUAUUUUCUUUCUGUCUGUCAGUUCCACACAGGGUGCACAUAUUCUUUGUUGGUGUACAUACACUCAGACACGGAGUCUCACCCAGCUGUAACAUGAUUUAAAACUCUUUGCACCUGUUGACCCUUACCCCUUUUAUUUUUUUUAUGCUUCACAGCUAUGCAAGUUAAUUGUAAUUUUUAGCUUUUUUAUGCUCUUUGUAGCUGAGAGAUAAAAAGGAUGUCUGUGCCUGUCUUGACUGAAUGAUGUGGCUGUCUGCGUGCUGUUUGAAAGUUGUUGCAGGGCUGGAGCAGACAUCCUGUGUGAUUGUACGAUAACGCUGGAUUUAUUUUCUAUGCUUGGUGAUUGUUUUUUUUUUUUUGUUUUGUUUUUCAAUAUUUAAACUACUGUAAGUGGAGAUGGCUGUGGUAUUUUAAUGUAUGUGUGCUUGAAUGAGAGCGAUCUAAAUGAAUGACAGUAUCAUGAUCUCAGCUGUGUUCAUUCGUUCUGUUGAGCUGCAUUUUUGUUUUUAGUUUUGAAUGACUGGAAAAUUGGUGACAAAUCAAUCCGUUUCUCAGCAGCUAUUAUGUAAGCCAUUUCUGUAACUGAUGCCAUGUAGCAGUUCUUAAUUUUUUUAUUUAUUUUAAAGUACAGUCAAAGAAAAAAAAAAUUCAAUUUAAUCAAUUUCGCGAUUGUAAUUUUGGAAAAUACAGCACGCAAACUGUUUUAAAAAGGACGGAAAGCCUGCUUUAAUUUUUCCUGAUGUGGAGUCACUGUGAAGAAACAGUUUAAAGCCAUUGCAGAGCCACAGUCCUGCACCACCUCUGGGUUAGUUUGUGUUCCACGAGUCCUGAAUGUGUUUUCUUUAAGACGGUGGUUUUAUUGUAAAAACCUGAAACAUGACACUGGGGGUUUCUGCUUGUAUUUUAAGGGGACAGUUCACCCCAAAAUCAAAAAUACAUAUUUCCCCUCUCACCUGUGGAGCUAUUUAUCAGUCUAGAUUGUUGUGGUGUGAGUUGCAGAGUGUUUGAGUUAUCGGCCGUAGAGAUUUUUGCCUUGUCUCUAAUGUAAUGGAAUUAGACGGCACUUGUGGUGCUUGUGGUGCUCAAAGCGCCCAAAAAUACAUUUGAAAAACUCAACAAUAAUGUCUCUUUCCAGAACUCAUGACGCGGUUACUCAAGAUACUCCACAGCCUUUUUGUGAGCAGUUUCAUGUAGGAACUACUUUCUCUCUACCAAACUACACCCGCCAACCGGGGACAGUUGGUGAGAGUCUGCCUGCAUGCACAGUGACAGGACUAACUGUUAGUAUCACAUGGCUAACGUUACCAAAUGGUUAAAUGGUUGAAUGUUAGCUGCUGCUGUGUUAAGGCCCAGCCACACCAAGCCGACUUCAGAGAACUAGCCGCAAUGAAAGCUGAUUGCUGCGUCACCUUGUGUCGCCUGUGUCUUGGCCAAAAAGUUGCACAUGAACACACCCCAAAGACUACAGCUGACGGCCAACCAGCACACAUGUGCUGCGCCUACAUGAGAGGAAAUAACUCUCCACACCAGCACAGGGCGGUAGUCUGUAUUUGUCAUUCAAAAAGGGACAGUGACGGUGAAGACUGUCUUGAUGCUAGUUAGCCAGUUAGCACAUUAACAACACAAUCCAGUGUUGAAAGAACAGAGCAUAUUUACUGUGCACCAGUGGACAACAACACAAACUAUCAGGAAAUGUUUCCGCUAAAGAGCUCCAUGGAUAAAGAAAAAUAAUCUUACCUAAUGAAACAAGUUUUUUUUUAGUCUCACUCCCUCUUGACUUUAGUUGUUUGUUUACUUUCCUCACUUCCAUUUCUCUUCUCAUACACUGAGCUGAGCUUUUGAUCCAAGUGAUUCAUGGAUGGGCUCCGCCGUCGCUGAUUCAACUUGAUGAGUUGGUGGGAAAAAACCCGACCGCGACAAUGAGGGCCAGCAGUGCAGGACACACCACAUCUAUUAGGGCAAUAGACACUCACCGAUGGCCUAACAUUGACCAACGGCCAACUGUCAACUUGGUGUGUCAGGGCCUUUAGAUUGUACUAACCGGGCAGACGUUGAACUGACCAUUUGCUGGGAUGAGUGCGGGAUCGGUGAUGGCAACAACAGACAGUCUGCAGAGUCAGGACAGUCCAGGAUCACUUGGUACUAACUAUCACUAGGUACUACUUGGUACUGGGUUAUUUCGAUCAAUAUCUUAAUUGGAAUCAAGUACCAAUACCGAGCCCUACUCAGAGUUAAUUUACAGUUUAAAAUGCAGCCUACACUCAAGGCCUAUUACUCGCUUGUUCUAGAGCUUUAAACAGUUUUCAUAAGUAGAUGAAUUUUGGAAGUAAGUGGACCUUGAGUAGAGAUUGAUUUUAAUAACUGCUGUUACCAAAGUCAAGAAGACAUAAGAUCAAUUUUAAAUCAACAGGGCUGAUAAAUACUAAUUGGACAAGGAGAUGGAUAGAGAGAUUCCCAGUAUGAUGUUUCAGCUUUGUUAGAAACCUCUUCACUUCAUUUCAAGUGUAAUGACAAAGCCUGGACGAGGCUCGUGGAACAGAACUGAGCUCAACAGGGAGACUUCAUCCCUUAAUAUGAACAUUUUACUUAAAUGUGACAGAGAACUCAUUAAUUUUUUUAAUGCUUAGCUUUGAUGAUCUGUUAAUGCAACCGCAAAGACUUACAUAACUGUAAAAUGUACACAAAUUCACACCGAGCAGUCAGUAAUCCUAAUGGCAUAUAGAAAUGUGUUUUCUCUCAAGGAAGUCCUCAAUGAUGUUCAGUUUUUCCCAUGGUGCUGUCAGACCAGUUUCUCAUAUAUGUCGCGUUAAGAAUUCAAACAUUCCCUUGUCUCUCAUCUGUAUGUUGAGAGCGUCAGUUCUGAUUGGCAUGUAAAUAUGCAUCCAUGUUACUGAAGCGCUUGCAGAUAUUAGGCAACACAAACAACAUAGCUGUACACCCUAACAUAACCACUUAGAUACAGCACAAACUAUCAUGCAUGCCUGUGUUUAUGUAGUCAGAGGCACAAGCACCAUAAUGAUAUUCCAGAUUUGGCUUACAUUUCAUUACCACUCGUCAAAGAUGUAACAAAUGGAAACUGCCACACCAACCCACACACAUACAGACACACUGGCCUCAAUACAAUUGUGAACCUUUUGACCUCUGGCAGAGACAGUUCCAGCACAGCUUCAUCUCUGGCUGACUUUUGUCCAGGAGCAGCUACGCCCCAGCCAGUUUAAACUCUAAACCACCACUGCUGCUGGUGGACGAGUCUCAACACAUUCCCACAGUGCGCUGCUGUUUUUACAGUCGGUCAGUGGAGUUGUUCAAGGACUGAUUUGGCUGUUUGAUCACAUCACAACAGUUGAACGUGACUGAUUGUACUUCCAGAGCCAUUCCAACCAGCGUUUAUACAAAUAGAUUUUUCCCCAUCCGAAAAAAUAUUUUAUUUGUUUUUUUUUUUUUUUUUAUAAAUGUCCUGCAUCUCAAAAGUCUGCCUGGAAAUUCAAAUGACAAAUGAUUGUUUAAAAUGUCAACACUGUGCAUCUAAAGAACAAUCAUUGGUUAACUUGGGAAUUCAAUGCUUGAUGCAGUUUAUACCACAAAUAAAUACUGCACAUCUCUAGCUAAAUAACAAAGCAGCUGCCAUUUUUGAGCCCGUUUAUUCAGCACUGUUUUAUAGUGACUGAACUGUCAACAGCAGAUUGUGUUAUAUCACAUACUAUCGAAAUGUUUAAUAACAUAUAAAUAAAAACAUUUUAAAAUAACCAUAUGAAUAAUUGGUGUGAUAAAAAAUCCUUAAAGAAAUUAUUAAAAUUAACUAAUUAUUGUGAAAUGUUAUUUCAUGAUUGUUUUUCAUAACCGUUGUAUUGGAUAUAGUUUUGAUUUAAUUAUAGACAUGUUAUUUUCAAAAGUCUUUUUUUAUUUUAGUGUGACAGUUUUUUCUAAUAACGGAUUUCAUGUUGAGUUAUUUUAUAAUGUCAUAUUUCAAUUAUAUCCAGUCAGUGUGAGGGAUUUAAAGGGAUAUAUUGGCAGAAAUUGAAUAGAAUAUUGAUUACUAUGUUUUCAUUAGUUAAUAAUUACAAUCUAUGUGAUUUUAUUACCUUAAAAUGAACCUUUUAUAUCUACAUAUGGAGCAGGUCCUCUUCCCGCCUCUUUCAACAGUAGCCCAAAAUGGACAAACUUAACACUGUCUCUAGAUAGGCCCAUUCACGGUUUUGCCUCGGCCACCAUAGUUCUCCUACACGCUUGGCACACUGGAGAAGUUUCAGCUGGCUGCAGUCUGCAACCUCACCACUAGAUUUCACUAAACUCCACACACUAGACCUUUAAGCUUUCAAGCUCAACAGCUGCUACCAAACAAAGCCAGCCAGCUCCUGUUAGCUAGAGCAACAACAAUACUAAUAUAAUUCUGAAUCACCCAACUAGAGGCUUCUGCUGUAAUUUAACAGGCACAGUCAGCAAACUUCUGUAGCUUCUACGUUUGGCUUAACUAGUUGCUACACAUGCUAUCGACUUAGCCAGUUAGCCAUCCAGGUAGGUAGCAUGUGCAACCUUGUCAAACUAAAUAAAUAAAAGGGAAAUGUUGGGUUGUGAA